AUGCAACCAUGUGAUAUCAGCAGCAAUUUUGCAAAAUUGGAGGCUGCCAUAGCACAACUAACAGGGUCUAUCUCCACUGUUUUGGAGAAACAAAUGCAGGCUGACAAGAAGAUAGAUGCAAACCAAGAGGAGUUCAGAUCGAACAUAAGGAACCAAGGGGCAGCAAUUUCGAAACUAGAAGCACAACUAGGGAGCUUGUCUAAACAAAUACCAAUGCCUACACAAACAUUCCCUAGUGAUACCAUGGUCAACCUAAGAGAGGAAUGCAAGGCAAUCACACUAAGAAGUGGAAAGGUUGUGGAAGAAGCAUUCCCAUGUCAAAGCAACCAAGAAGAAGAAGCUACAAAUAAACCUGAAACCAAGAAGGAAGAAGAGACCCCUGCAUCCUCACCAAAGCAAAUCCUAAAGCCUUAUGUGCCAAAAGCACCCUAUCCGCAAAGGCUGAGGAAGGAUGGGAAGGACAGCCAAAUUUCUAGAUUCCUGGAAAUCUUUAGGAAGCUCCAAAUCAACACACCCUUUACUGAGGUAUUGGAGCAAAUGCCACUCUAUGCCAAGAUUUUAAAGGAGUUCAUGACAAGGAAAAGAAAUGGGGGUGAAAAGGAAACCAUAGUGCUCACAGAGGAAUGUAGUGCUAUCAUACAGAAGAAGCUUCCCCAAAAGAUGAAAGAUCCUGGGAGCUUUCAAAUCCCCUGCAUCAUAGGGGAUAUCAACAUUGAGAAAGCAUUGUGUGAUCUAGGAGCUAGCAUAAACCUCAUGUCCUUGGCCAUGAUGAAAAGAAUGAGGAUUGAGGAGGCCAAGCCAACAAGAAUGGCAGUUUAA